AUGUGUUCAUACCACGAUCGUCAUACUAUUUCCCUUCCUUUGGAUAAGGAAGUGGAAGCAGUAUGGAGUGAUAAUGGUGAACCGUUGCUGCAAUCUCGUCGUCUCAAGGCAUCUUGGGCCAUUCUGCUCAGCAGGCUUUCAGAGACACAAACGACAACAUUUGCAGUAUUGGAACAACCGGCAGUCCCACAGGGCGACCCAUGUUCGAAAUUAGUGGCUUCGCCUCCGCAUCUUGAGACCUGGGAAAUCUCAGACAGUCCGGAUAGUCUCUUGGUGGAUGCAGCAAAGGAAAGCCACAGAGAGCCUCUUUCAGGCACACAGCCCUCGACGGGUGUGGUCAUUAGCUGGCAUGAUGAACCUAAUGGCCCAGCGUUGUUGUCAUGUUCGUUCAAUACAAUGGUUGUCUUCGACUGCAGUAUAUCACCCGUUCAAAUAUCCAUGGAAUACUCAAGGACAUCUCUGACGGCGAAUGAAGCCUGGUCACAAUUGACGGCAAUGGUUCGCAUUCUGGAGCAAAUAGUCAUGAGCCCAGGGUUAUCACUGAAAGAGGUGGAUUUCCUGGGCGCGCAUAGCACCAGAUUGAUCCGGCAAUGGAACAACCCGUACUCACUCAUACGACCACAGGUGUGCAUUCAUACCUUGGUCCUAGAGCAUUGCCGGAGCCAACCCGAUGGUGAGGCUAUAUGUGCUUGGGAUGGUCCCAUCACCUAUGCAGAGCUUGAUCACCAUUCACUCGCAGUCGGACUCCGGCUGCAGUCACUAGGUGUUGGCCCAGAGUCCGUGGUGCCGCUGUACUUCGAAAAGUCACGCUGGACGGUGGUCGCCAUCAUGGGGGUGCUUAGGGCAGGAGCAGCUUUUGUCCUGCUCGAUCCCUCUCAUCCUAUGGCUCGUCUGGCUGAGAUUUGCGUGGAAGUGAAAGCAGCAGUUGCCAUCGCCUCGGGGUCAUUACAGGAACUGAGUCAGCAGUUGGGCCCUCGAGUUAUCACGGUCGUCGACACAAUCAAGGAUCCAGCUGAUACAGGCAGUGAUACCAUAACCACAUGUGUCAAUCCUUCAAACGCUGCAUACGUCGCUUUUACUUCCGGCUCCACCGGAAAGCCCAAAGGGAUCGUGAUUGAACAUCAGUGUUUUGUCGCAAAUACACUGGCUCAAAAUGCAGUCCAGAAAAUUAAUCGCCAAACUCGGGCGUUUCAGUUUGCCUCGUAUGGGUUUGACAGCAGCAUUCUUGAAACACUCAUGACUUUGGUGGCGGGGGGUUGUGUCUGUAUACCCUCGGAGGAGCAGCGGCUCAACGGCCUAGCAGAUGCCAUCCGAGAGCUGGGAGCCAACUGGCUCGAACUAACCCCAUCUGUCGCACGGUUCAUCAACCCUGAAGAUGUACCGGACGUGCGAUCUGUCUUGCUUGUUGGUGAGCCCAUGUCUCAGGACCAUGUCACACAAUGGUCAGGGUCAGGGAAGGUUCAACUCCUCAACGCAUAUGGCCCUGCCGAGUGCAGUGUAGUGACCACUGUUCAGCCCCAUGUACAAUUUGAAGAUCCCCAAAAUAUCGGCCGUUCAUAUAGCAGUCACUGUUGGAUCGUCAACCCUCAAGAUCAUGAUCAACUCGAGCCCCUUGGUGCAGUUGGCGAAUUACUCAUCAGCGGACCGAUCGUGGCCCGGGGCUAUCUCAACCAGCCCCACCAGAAGUCUUUCAUCUCCAACCCUCGUUGGGCGACACGAUUUGGCAUUCCUCCAGGUGAACGCGUGUAUAAAACUGGAGAUCUUGCGCGAUAUAAUCUCGACGAUGGAACGUUGCGAUAUGUUGGCCGCAAAGACCGGGAGGUCAAAAUCCACGGACAACGCGUCGACCUCCAGGAAAUUGAACAUCAUACCUCCCAGUUUCAGAAGGGAAUACUUUCAGUGGCCGAUGUAAUUCAACUCAACAGUAGCAGUGCGGGGAAACUCCUUGCUCUGUUUAUCGCCACAGAUAACGAUGAGAGUCGCACGACGGAAAGCUCUGUUGUCCCCAUGAAUGACGACCUCCUCGAUCUGGUGACUAACAUCAAACACUGGCUUCGUGACUGUCUACCACCAUACAUGAUCCCAACCAAAUAUAUAUUCAUCAAUCGCUUUCCUCUAACGAGAACUGGCAAACUCGAUCGACGGGCCUUGGUUGAUCUUGGAACAGCAUCUAGUCAGUCACCGAUUGGAGAGCACCCGUCGAGUCAGUGUGAUAGAGAAGAUGCCAACCUGGAUACGGAGCUUCUCGCUAAGGAAAGGACCUUGUGUUCCGUGUUUGCUGAAGUUUUGGGGUGCAUGGAAACAAACAUCAGCGCCCAAGAUGGUUUCUACGACAUGGGAGGGAAUUCAUUGGCUGCUAUCGAACUAGUAGCCCGUGCACGAAAGCGUGGUCUGGAGAUCACUGUGGCGGAUGUCAUCCGUCUUCAGAAUCCACGAGAUAUUGCGCGCUGUACCGCCGAAAGCGCGGAGGUUAAUGAGAUCUCGCCAUUUUCUCUUCUUGUGGAUACCGAACAUACUAUAUCCACCGCCACUGCCCAAUGUGGCAUUGAGAGAGAAAUGAUUGAAGAUAUUUACCCAUGCACCCCAGUACAAGAAGCCCUCAUACAUCUAUCCAUCAAGAAUCCGGGAGCUUUCAUGGGCACAUACCGCUUCUCAUUGGCUCCUUCUAUGAACCUGGAUCGGAUCUGGGCUGCAUGGGAACAGCUUUGGCUCAUACAUCCGAUUCUCCGAACACGCAUAAUUCAACUUCGAGAUGGUAAAACGCUUCAAGUCGUCACCAAAAAAUCGUCCCCAUGGAAAGAUAUCUCAGCCAUGUAUGAUUCCCAGCCCAUGAGCAUUGGGACCUCUCUUGCACGUGUAACGUUCCAUCCUGGACCGACUUCCAGCGGAUCGGACUCUGGCAUAUUCCUGCUUACCAUACACCAUGCUCUGUUUGAUGGAUGGUCAUAUCUGCAGCUCCUCGAGGAUCUUCAGGUGAUUUACAACGGGGACCGACUACCAGCACGCCCUGCCUUUAAUCAUGUCAUCAACUACAUCUGCAAGUCAAACAUCGAGGAAGCUCGCUCAUUUUGGGCGCAAGAGUUCAAUGAUUUCCAGGCAAUGAUAUUCCCUGUCUCUCCCCGGCGGUCACCUGCCUCACCACACUGGGAACUAAGAAGCCAGCAAACUGCCCUUGCUGAGUCAGAUAUGGACUGGACCCUCGCUAAUAAAAUCAAAUUAGCGUGGGCUCUUGCGAUCUCUUGCCAAACUCACUCGAAUGAUGUGGUAUACGGAUUGACAGUUUCGGGCCGGAACGCGCCAGUUCCAGAGAUCGAUCGUAUUGCUGGGCCAACUUUUGCAACAUUUCCUUUCCGCACGCAGCUUCAUGAUGAAAUAUCGGUGGAAGAUAUGCUGAUCAAAAUGCGACAACAUGAUAUCUCCAUCAUGCCAUUUGAGCAUACUGGUCUCCGCCGUAUCGCGGAGUCAAGCUCAGACGCAGCCCUGGCCUGUGCAUUCCAGAAUCUUCUCACCGUUAGGUUGCAGUCUCUUCAGAUUCCUCCUGGCGCUUUGAUUCAUGUGCCUGAAAACAAAGACCAUGACUUCAAGUUUGCGUCAUAUCCCCUGUCAGUCGUGGCCCAACAGCAAGGCAAAUCUCUAGAGGUCAAUGCCGUCUUCAAUAGCCACAUUCUGGCGCCCGAUAGGGCCGAGUCACUCUUAGCGCAGUUUCAUACACUGUUGCAGAGAGUCCUCCGGGAGCCCGGGGCAAAGAUGAAGGAUAUAAGGAGCCAGAUACCCCCCGAGUGGCAGCAAUUGGCAGAGAUAAACACAAAGUCCCUGCCCCACCUGCAUUGCCUGCACGAUAUAAUCCAAGACUUCAGUGUCACCCAGCCGAACUCAGAGGCUGUCUGCGCAUGGGAUGGCUCGCUGACGUAUAAAGAACUUGUCGCGUUGGCGCAGAAACUGGCAGGCCAUCUCCAGUCCUACGGAUCCGGGUCAGAACCUGGCGCGGUCAUUGGGAUUUGCGUGGAAAGAUCUAAAUGGUUCCCCGUUGCCAUCCUAGGCGUUAUGAUGUCCGGAGCUGCCAUGGUUUUGUUAGAACCUAACUUCCCCGUACAGCGUUUGCAACAUAUCUUGCGAGAUGCUGGGGCGCGAACGAUGAUAUGCUCUCCGCUAUACCAAGAGAAGUGCACUGGUAUGGUCGAUGAUAUGUUGAUUCUGACUGCGGAUACCCUGUCUCAAGCGGACUACGAUGCUUGGACCCCAUCAACGGUGUCUCAUCAAGACCCAAUGUAUAUUGCUUUCACAUCCGGAUCAACCGGUGCCCCAAAGGGCGUUGUCAUAGAGCAUGGCAUGGUAUAUUCGAUGAUCCAGGCCCACAAGGACGUCAUCGGCACAUCAGCUACGUCCCGGGGCUUACUGUUCGCCUCGCCCGCAUUUGAUAUCUGCCUUGCUGAGAUUGUACUUCUCCUCGGUGCGGGGGGCUGCGUCUGUAUGCCUUCUGAAGCUCAACGCAUGAACAGCUUGGCGAAAACGAUGACCGCCAUGCAGGUCAACGUGGCCAUGCUAACCCCUUCCGUGGCUCGUACCCUUUCCCCGGCCGCAGUCCCUUGUCUCCGAACCAUGAUUCUUGGAGGAGAGCCUCCAUCAGCUUCUGAUCUGGCCACAUGGGCUUCACAAGUUCAGCUGCACCAAUCCUAUGGUCCCGCAGAGUGCGCUAUGUACACGACAACUACUGCCCAAUUGACCCCUACGUCAGAUUUGGGCAACGUCGGAUCAUCUCCAAACGCGUCCUGCUGGAUUGUUGAUCCGGACAAUCAUGAUGAGCUUGAGCCUGUGGGCUCGGUAGGAGAACUCCUCAUCGGUGGGCCGAUUGUUGGAAGAGGAUAUAUCAAUCGAGCCCAGGAGUCUGCAGCUGCCUUCAUUCGUGAUCCUGUCUGGAGCGAUAAAUUCCCCUUCUUGCGAGGUCAACGACUUUAUAAGACUGGAGAUCUCGCUGUCUUAAACGCAGACGGGUCGUUAACUUUGGUCGGCCGAAAAGAUACGCAGGUCAAGCUCAAUGGGCAACGGAUUGAGCUACAUGAGAUCGAGCAUUGUGCAGAAAGAUAUCAACAUGGUACCGCGGUCAUUGCGGAGUUGAUAAAGCCUGUCGGCAAUCAGAGACCCAGACUUAUCAUGUUUGUCUAUGAUCCUGCGACGGUUGAAACUACGGUGGUCGUCACGUCGGCUUGUCAUGACCAUCGGGAAGUGUUUGUCCCACCAUCAACACAAGAUCGAGCUUACCUUGAAGGUGUGAAACAUUAUCUCACCCAACACCUUCCACCGUACAUGAUACCGUCACUUUUCCUUCCGCUAUCCCGUCUGCCGCUUAGCCCGAGUGGCAAGGCCGAUCGCAAGACACUGCGCCAGAUUGCAUCUAAAAUGGACAGAGAGACAUUAGAUAUGUAUCUGGACAAUCCGGCGGUAGAGAAAAGGGAACCAGUCACAGAGCAAGAGCGAUUUGUUCGUGCAUGCUUUGCCACAGCGCUAUCAUUGAAUGAGGAAGCCAUUGGUAUGGACGAUAGUUUCUUCGCUCUGGGAGGCGAUUCCAUCACUGCCAUGCGUGUUCUCACUUUGUGUCGGAGGAGAAACAUGGCCAUCUCGAUGCAGGAGUUCCUCUCAAAGAACACUGUAUCCUUAUUUUGCAAACAUGUCAUUGUGAUUCAGGGCGAGGCUGUCGCCAAACGCCAAAAGCUUCUGGACUCACAAGACUCCGUUCGAGGGAAUGAUCGUCUCGUCCAGUUUGAGCACAUCGAUUACCAGCUGGAUAUGGUUCGAUCUCAGUUGAAUUUGCUGAAGUCGGAUUCAAUUGAGGAAAUCUACCCCUGCUCCGAUGCGCACAGUGGAAUCUUGGAGCUGUACACAUCCAAUUACACGAGUACUGCAAUUUUCGAAGUUUCCCCUGCGGGAUCAGUGACCCCGGUGCAGGUCAGCAACGCAUGGAGUCAAUUGGUGCACCGGCAUGUGGCCUUGCGUACAGUUCUCAUGAAAGAGCCAAAGGUUCACGCGGAUUACCUUCAUGUGGUCCUCGACAAGGGACCAGCUCAAAUUCUUGCUCUUCCUCGCAGCGGGGAUGCCCUUUCGGAACUGAAAAAUAUCGAACCAGUCCAAUCCUGGGGUCUGUCACCACCACACCGGUUAAUCAUCGGUCAGGACCAUUCUGGGACAGUGUUCAUGAGGCUAGAAACGGGCCGUGCCUUGAUUGACGCCUUUUCCAUGACCAUCCUACUAGAAGAGCUUUCUCUCAUGCUGCAGGGUCAGCCUCUACCAGAGCAAGGGGUCUCAUAUCGUGAAUAUCUGUCCCAUUUGCGUGCCCAGUCACCUACAGAAACACUGCAAUAUUGGACACAGUCGCUUUAUGGAGUCUACCCUUCCCACCUACCCAGAAUACCCGCGACGCAGUCCUCUCUCGCCGAAUCCCGCUCGCAGACCCGCUGCCUUCCAUUCGCGCAAUCAAAACGUCUUGAUUCCUUCUGGCGCUCCAAUAACCUCACCAUAACCAACGUUUUCCAGCUGGCGUGGGCUUUAACCCUCACCCACUACACCAACUCCCGCGAUGUGUGCUUCGGAACCAUCACGUCUGGACGUGACACUCCCCAUCUGGAAGUAUGGAAUAUUGUCGGAUCAUUUUUCAACGUUCUUCCAUGUCGAAUCGCAAUUGAUCCCAAGCGCUCAGUGCUAGACACCCUCCGACAGAACCAGGAGGAUAUUCAGCGUCGAAAUGACCACCAGUACUGUUCCAUGCCAGAUAUAAUCCGGAAGUCAGGAAUAAGAAGUCUGGACGAUGGCCAACAGCUGUUUAAUACAGUUCUGACGGUGCAGAACCCGUUCUCGACGCAAUCAUCUACUGGGAAAGAUGGGAGCAAUGAGAUCGAUAUCAAACUAAUCGAUUUGGAAGAUGCAACUGAGUAUGACCUUUGCGUGGCUAUUCUUCCCUCCGAUUCCCACUUCAAGGUGGAAUUACGCUACUGGUCGACGACCGCAUCUGAGGAAUAUGCCUCGGAUAUUCUAGAUCGUCUUUUCGAUCAGUUGGAACAGAUUGUGCAUCAUGCGACUAAACCAUUGAGUGCCAUCACCGGUGUUUAA